AUGUUUGCAACUUGUGGUCUCAUAGUAAAGCUGGUGCCUUCAACGGCUCUACCAGAUGAUGGAGUCGCGUUCACAACACUUCUUUUCAGUACUGCCCAUAAGAUCCACGUGAUUCUUUUUUAUAUAUUUGGAUUUUGUGGUAUUGGAUUUUUCAUAUCAAAUGUGAUUUGUCAUCGACAGUCACUGUAUUACCUUAAUCCAUAUGUAAGUUCAUUAGAAGUUUGCUUCAAUAUCAUGUUUACUGAGUUUUGA